AUCUAAUCUCUUUACAGUACUCCAUUUAAAGUUUAAACUAGAAAUCAGCUACGCCACCAGCAUCACAAGCAUCACCGGUCUCCGGCGGCCGAACCAGAAAAAAAUGAAGACCCUUUCGUCGCCCCCAGCCGGUCCAGCGCUUCGCAUCUCUCCCUUGGAACCCCUCCGGAAACAAUCCCCUCUGCUCUCCAAUGCUAGAACCCCCACGAAGAAACAGCCAUGGGUGAAGUCCAUUUCUGCUUCUGCUUCAGUAACUUUCUCUACUCCCCAGAGAGAAAAGGACCCAAAGAAGCGAGUGGUCAUCACUGGCAUGGGCGUUGUCUCCGUUUUCGGCAACGAUGUUGAUGUCUUCUAUGAUCGCUUGCUCUCGGGUGAGAGCGGUAUCGGUCACAUCGAACGAUUCGAUGCCUCCAAGUUCCCCACUCGAUUUGGUGGCCAGAUUCGUGGGUUCAGCUCUGAAGGUUAUAUUGAUGGCAAGAACGACCGUAGACUUGAUGACUGUCUUAGAUACUGUCUAGUUGCUGGCAAGAAGGCCCUUGAGAUGGCUGACCUCGGCGGUGAUGACAUCUCUAAGAAGAUUGACAAGGAACGAGCUGGUGUGCUUGUAGGAUCAGGCAUGGGUGGCCUAUCAAUGUUUUCUGAUAGUGUUCAGGCUCUCAUUGAGAAAGGUUACAGAAAAAUAUCUCCAUUUUUUGUUCCGUAUACUAUAACGAACAUGGGCUCUGCCUUGCUUGCAAUGGACGUUGGUUUUAUGGGUCCAAACUAUUCCAUUUCAACUGCCUGUGCUACCUCCAAUUAUUGCUUCCAUAGUGCUGCCAACCAUAUUCGACGGGGUGAGGCUGAUUUGAUGAUUGUUGGUGGAAGCGAAGCUCCAAUUGUGCCCAUUGGCUUGGGGGGUUUUAUUGCAUGUAGAGCUUUGUCACAGAGAAAUGAUGACCCAAAAACAGCUUCAAGGCCAUGGGACAAAGACCGAGAUGGCUUUGUGAUGGGUGAAGGUGCUGGAGUGUUGAUACUGGAAUGUUUGGAACAUGCAUUGAAACGUGAUGCACCAAUUAUCGCUGAAUACCUGGGAGGAGCAGUUAAUUGUGAUGCUUACCAUAUGACCGACCCCAGAGCUGAUGGACUUGGUGUUUCAUCGUGCAUUAAGGAAUGCCUCGAAGAUGCUGGUGUGUCACUAGAGGAGGUUAAUUACAUAAAUGCACAUGCAACUUCGACGUCUGUCGGUGACCUGGCUGAGGUGAAUGCGUUAAAGAAGGUUUUCAAGAACACUUCAGAGAUCAAAAUGAAUGGAACCAAGUCUAUGAUAGGGCAUUGCCUUGGGGCUGCUGGGGGUCUGGAAGCCGUAGCUACAGUGAAAGCCAUAACUUCUGGGUGGCUGCAUCCCACAAUAAACCAGUUUAAUCCAGAACCUUCUGUUGAGUUCGAUACAGUUGCAAAUGUAAAGAAACAACAUGAAGUGCAUGUUGCCAUUUCAAAUUCUUUCGGCUUUGGAGGGCACAACUCUGUUGUGGCUUUUUCAGCAUUCAAGCCUUGAUCAGUCAACAUUUAGAAAUUUUGGAAGGAUAGUAUGGCUCACUUCUAAUUCCUUUGUUGGGUUCUACAAUCUUUUUCUUCUUCAUUUCUUGUUCCUGGAAUCCUACACAUGUUCUUUGAUUAGGGUUUUUCUUCUCUUACGAUGCAGUUCUAUAAGUUGUAAUGGAACUUAGAUUUGGCUACCUGCCAUUUUUGUAUUAGAAUUUUUGAGGAUUUUUUUUUUGGGUGAAAUUAAAAAAAAAAAAAAAAAUUAAGAAGUCA